GACAGGACGGUAUCGGCUGCGGGCUGCGGGCUGGUCCCUCCCUGGCGGGCAGGGGGGCCGGUGGACGCUGAGGAGUGGUUGCCGGGCAACGGUGCCAUCGGCCCCGCCCCUCUGCGCCGGGCGGGGAGGGGCGUCGUGGCGAGCGUGUCGGCGGGCUCCCGCCCUGGUCCUGGCCGGCUGCAGGCUGCUGUUCAGUGAGCCUCGGAGCGCCGGACGCCUUGGGCAUCCCUCUGCCUUGGCCUCUUGUCCUGUCGUGGGCUCCCUGCCCAGGCAGUGCGCGCCCUUAGACCCCUGUUCUGGGAGCAGAGGGGUUGGCGCCUGCCCUGGAAGUUCUGCGCCUGCCCUCUGCCCGUGGGUUCUGUUUCACAAUGGCUGACAAUCAAGAGAAAGACUUGCAGAAAUUUCUUAAAAAUGUGGAUGAAAUCACCAAUUUAAUCCAGGAGAUGAAUUCUGAUGACCCAGCUGUACGAGAGAAAGCUGUUCUUGAGACAGAAAAGAGACUGCUGUUUACAGGGGAAGACCAAGAGGAGGACGAAUGCAGGACCACCUUGAACAAGACCAUGAUCAGUCCUCCAAAAGCUCCUACAAAGAGUGCAGAUGAAAUAAACUCAGAGGCCUUCUUGGCAUCGAUGGAGAAGGAUGCAAAGGAACGUGCCAAGAGAAGAAGGGAAAACAAAGUCUUAGCAGAUGCCCUAAAAGAAAAGGGGAAUGAAGCGUUUGUCAGAGGUGAUUAUGAAACGGCCAUCCUGCUCUACAGUGAGGGUCUGGAGAAGCUGAAGGACAUGAAGGUGCUGUACACCAACCGAGCCCAGGCUUAUAUAAAACUUGGGGACUACCAGAAGGCACUAGUGGAUUGUGACUGGGCUCUGAAGUGUGAUGAAAAAUGCACAAAAGCAUAUUUCCACAUGGGAAAAGCCCACCUGGCCCUAAAGAACUACAGCAUGGCUAGAGAGUGUUAUCAGAAGAUCUUAGAAAUAAACCCCCAGCUGCAAACACAGGUGAAAGAUUACCUGAAUCAGGUAGAUCUUCGGGAGAAAGCAGACCUUCAGGAGAAGGAAGCCCAUGAAUUGCUGGAUUCAGGGAGGAACACAGCCGUGACAACCAAGAAUCUCCUGGAGACUCUUUCCAAGCCUGAUCAGAUGCCCUUGUUCUAUGCAGGGGGAGUUGAAAUCCUGACGGAAAUGAUGAAGGACUGCACAGAACGAACUUUAUUCAGAACACACAAUGGAUUCAGUAUCAUCAGUGAGAAUGAGGUCAUAAGAAGGUGCUUUUCCACAGCAGGAAAAGAUGCAGUGGAAGAGACAGUCUGUGUGUCUGUUCUCAGGCUCUGGCAGGCAGUGUGCGCUGGGAACGAGGAAAACCAGCGUCUGCUUGUGGUGCACCCUGGCACGGGUGGGCUGCUGCCCUCCCUCUUGGCCUCCAGUGUCCUGACCAUCCGGCAGCAGAGCCUGGCCCUGCUGCUGCAGCUCGCUGAGACCGAGAACGGACGGAGCCUGAUCAUCAGCCACCUCGACCUGACGCGAUUGUUGGAAGCCCUGCUGUCAUUUCUUGACUUCUCAGAUAAGAAGGCCGACUCGGCCAUGAGACUGCUGACAGACUUGGCUCUGGAAGAAAGAUUCCAAGUCUGGUUCGAGGCCAACCUUCCAGGUGUUCUCCUGGCACUCACAGGCGUUCUGAAGCGAGAUCCCAAGGUAACCAACACCUCAGCUCUCUGCCAGUGUAUUGCCCUCAUGGGAAACCUCAGUGCUGAGGCUGCCAUACGGAGACAGAUGUCUGCCUCUGAAGAAUUUGGGGAUGCCUGCUUGGGCCUCAUGGCCAGGUGUGAGGAGGAUGUGGACCUGUUCAGAGAGGUCAUGUAUACACUCCUAGGACUCAUGAUGAACUUGUGUCUUCAAUCCCCCUUUGUCUCUGAGGUUUGGGCCAUGGAGGUGAGCAGGAGGUGCAUGGCUCUGCUGAACAGCCAGGAUGGAGGAAUCCUGACAAGAGCUGCUGGCGUUCUCAGCCGCACCCUUUCUUCCUCUCUGAAAAUCAUUGAGGAGGCCCUAAGAGCAGGAGUGGUGAAGAAAAUGAUGAAAUUCCUGAAGACGGGAGGCCAGACUGCAUCACGUUAUGCCGUCAAGACACUAGCUGUCUGCACUAACAGUAACCAUGAAGCACGAGAAGAAGUGAUCAGGCUGGAUAAAAAGUUCGGUGUUCUGAUGAAGCUGCUCAGCUCAGAGGAUGAGAUUCUGGUGGGCAACGCGGCCCUCUGCUUGGGGAACUGCAUGGAGGUGCCGCACGUUGCGUCCUCCUUGCUGAAGACAGACAUCGUGCAGGUCUUGCUGAAGCAUGCAGGCGGAGAUGCGCAGAAGACGGCCGUACAGCUGAAUGCAGGGAUCGCUCUGGGGAAGCUGUGCACAGCUGAGCCAAGGUACCUGGGGUGGCUUGUGCCGCUCACAUCCAGAGAGGAGUGGGGUGAGCCAAGCCAAGGCACUGGGCUGGGGCUGGGACUCCGCCCCACGGAGCUCCAUGGGGAAACCAGGAGCCCUGGUGCCUUGGGUGCGGGCAGGUGUUGGGCCCGGGAGCUGCUGCUCUGGAGGAAACCUUCCCUGAGGAAACUGGGAGCUCUCAAGCCCCAGCCAGGGAGAACAAAGGCAUUCAUCUGGCACGGAUUUGUUCCAUGCACUCUGCUGCCAUUGUCUUCUGUCCAUUCCACUCCCUCAUUCUCUUCUGUCCUUCUCUCCUCCUCUUUCUGCUCAUCCUUCUUCUCCCUCGUGCCAUCGCCCCUUCUCUCUCCCUCCUUUCUCUCUCCUCUACUUUUCCAGAAACGGGUAGACCUCCCACUUCAUUUUUUCGCCUGGGCUUAAGCAUAUGGGAGAGUCAUCAGUGAGGCUAAUAUUCUUGUCCUGGACGAAAGCUGAAGCAAGAUGCAGAAUGGCGUGUCUAAGACCCCCUGACAAGCCAGGGCAAGAGCUUCGCUUUAACUGUGUACGUUGCUUCUGUUUUAGCUCAAACUUCUGUUCUGGCCCCAUUCUGGUGCAUUUAAACACCUAGUCAUCCGUGUUCCUGGAGGCUGCCCACCCGUGGCAGAGGCUGGAGCUCUGGUAUAUAAGAGGGGUGCCUGCCGUGGACAGGGAGGAGCUCUGGCCUGCCUGGUUCCCUCUCUUACUGCUGCACCCCUCUGAUUCCUCCUCUGUAGAAGGAGAGGCUUGGCCUGGAUGACAGCUCCAGCCCUUUCAAGUUCUGUCUGAUGGUUCAAAUGGAAGGAAUAAAUAAAAUCUUUCUUCCACAGAAAGCAAGGCACGUUAGCUAGGAUAUGCUCAAAGUGGCAACCUGCUGGAGAGUUCCCGAGAGCCAGGUCCCAUCGGAUCAGCCUGUCACAUCUGUCUCUCACAGUGAGAGGGUUCGCAGUGUUUUGUGGGCCUCCCUGAGGGCUUCAGCCCCGGUGAUUUUUAGGGUUCCCAGUGCCACAGCCGCUGCCCCUCUCCCAGCCAGCUCCUGCCUGAGGGGGGCUGGCUCUGGGCGCCAGAAGUCGGCCCCAUGGCAUUGA